GCGGCCGCCGCCGCCAUUUUGUCGCGGGUGCUCGAGUGCGGCGGGAGCUGGGCGGAGGGCGGCGGAGCUUAGCCCUGGCCGCACUGCCGCUAGUAUCCAGCAGUCAGCCCCACCGGAGACCUGGCGACCGUCUGCUUCGAUUCUGUUGAUCUGAAGAUGGCUGCACAGUCAGCACCGAAGGUUGUGCUAAAGAGCACCACCAAGAUGUCUCUGAACGAGCGCUUCACUAACAUGCUGAAGAACAAACAGCCGAUGCCAGUGAAUAUUCGGGCUACCAUGCAGCAGCAGCAGCAGCUAGCCAGUGCCAGAAACAGAAGACUGGCCCAGCAGAUGGAGAACAGACCUUCUGUGCAGGCUGCUCUGAAGCUCAAGCAGAAGAGCUUGAAGCAGCGCCUCGGUAAAAGUAACAUCCAGGCACGGCUGGGCCGCCCUGCAGGGCCCCUUGCUCGCGGAGCCAUGGGAGGAAGAGGACUCGCCAUGGGGCAGAGAGGUUUGCCACGAGGAGCCAUGCGUGGGGGCCGGGGAGCCAGGGCUCUGCUGAGAGGAGGGCUCCCGCUGCGAGGUCAGGGCCUGCUGCGGGGAGGCCGAGGCAUGUCCCCCAGGAUGGGGCUGAGAAGAGGCGGGCUGCGGGGCCGCGGGGGCCCGGGCAGAGGAGCCAUGGGCCGUGGAGCCAUGGGGCGUGGAGGACUCGGCGGCAGAGGUCGCGGCAUGGCGGGCCGGGGCAGAGGGGGCUUUGGAGGUCGCGGCAGAGGACGAGGGCGAGGAAGAGGAUCGGCACGGCCCGCGCUGACCAAGGAGCAGCUGGACAACCAGUUAGACGCGUACAUGUCUAAAACAAAAGGACACCUGGACGCCGAGCUGGAUGCCUACAUGGCUCAGACAGACCCGGAAACGAACGACUGAAGGCUGCGGCGAGAGACUGGGGUCGAAGUUAAGUGUGUCUGUCAAUCCCCAUAAGCUUAAAAAGAAAAAAAGAAAAAAAAAAAAAGGAAACCCCGAUUGAUGAAACCCCGAUUGAUGCUGGAAGAACCCACGGGAACAGGGAGCAGCCCCGUUCCACCCGAGAUCAGACUUCAAGCUGUUUUCCUCUCAUGUUUUGAUACUAUCUGUUGUGUGAAACUUUUUUGGAUCAUUUUUA